ACAGAUAUCGUUUUAUAGGGAAUUGGAAUAUUAUUUGUUCUUUCCGCUUCCGCUUUUCCGGUAUCCCAUUCAGAUUUCAGAUCCAGAUUUCAUAUUUUCCAGGUUUCAAUAGGCAGUACUGGCAUUUCCAGUUUCCAUACAUUUUAUUUGUUAUCUUCUACAUUUGCCAGUUUUAUUUACUGAAUAUUUAGGUGGCACAUAGACGUUAGUUCCACAACCUCAAAAAGCUACUUGCUUUUGGUUGAUUGAUUUGGGUAUACUACUGAUUGGAUGCAUUUCUGAAUCAAUUGACAAUGAAAAGGAAAGUGUUCUUCACUUUUUACAUCUUUGCCUGUUUGGUAAUCGCAAUAGCACAAGAAUUAGAUGAUGAAGUAACCAUAGACACGGUUGACUAUUUCCCCUAUGAAAGUCCGCAACCGUCAGAUCAAUCUAAAGUUUAUUUUUCGGAACACUUUGACAAUCCCGCUGAUUUUGAAAAGAAAUGGACCAAAUCUGAAGCAAAGAAAGAAAAUAUAGAGGAAGAUAUAGCGAAAUAUGACGGUCUUUGGGAGCUGGAGCCUCCCCAAAAACAUGCUUUAAAAGGAGAUUUAGGGUUGGUCCUCAAAUCCAGAGCGAAACACUCUGCGAUUUCUGCUCUUUUGGAUAAACCCUUUAUUUUCAAAGAUAAGCCUUUGAUUGUGCAAUAUGAGGUGAUGCUCCAAGACGGUCAAGAGUGCGGAGGAGCAUAUUUAAAACUACUCACUGGCAUUAGCAAUAAUAGUAACCUUAAAGAAUUUCAUGACAAGACACCUUACAGUAUUAUGUUCGGACCUGAUAAAUGCGGUGGUGAUAACAAAGUGCAUUUUAUUUUUAAACACAAGAACCCCAAAAAUGGUUCUAUUGAAGAGAAACACUGUGAGAGACCAAAGGAAAGGGUUGAUGAAGCACUUUCAGAUAAACUCCCUCAUCUUUACACUUUGAUCCUACGUCCAGAUAAUACCUUCGACAUCCUAAUUGAUAGAAAAACCGUAAAGUCUGGCAGUCUUCUCGAAGAUUUCUCCCCUCCGGUUAAUCCUCCAGCAGAAAUUGAAGACCCCACCGAUAAAAAACCGAGCGAUUGGGACGAACGUGAGAAAAUUCCGGAUCCGAACGUGGUCAAGCCCGACGAUUGGGACGAGGAUGCGCCACCUCAAAUUGUCGAUGAAUCCGCUGUGAUGCCUGAAGGAUGGUUAGAACAUCAACCCGCUCAUAUUCCAGAUCCGAAAGCUAAAAAACCGGAAGACUGGGACACCGAAAUGGAUGGUGAAUGGGAAGCGCCUCUUAUUGAGAAUCCCAUUUGUGCCGAUGCUCCUGGUUGUGGUAAAUGGGAGCCGCCACUGAUCAGCAAUCCUUUGUACAAAGGCAAAUGGAGGGCGCCCCUUAUCGAAAAUCCCAACUACAAGGGCAAAUGGAGACCAAGAAAAAUUCCGAACCCCGAUUAUUUUGAGGACAAGAAGCCUUUCGAGAUGCAACCUAUUACUGCUGUUGGAUUUGAACUCUGGUCUAUAUCUCGGGACAUUCUUUUCGAUAACUUAAUUAUUACCGAAGAAACUGACGUGGCCGAAGAUUGGGCUUCGGCUACUUUUGAUAUAAAAAGACAGAAGAUUACUAGCCAAUCGGCAAGCGUAAUGGAAAAAGUCGCUAAUUUCACCAACCAAUAUCCCUACCUCUGGGCUGUAUAUAUCUUAAUGCUAGCUGUACCAGUAGUAGUUUUGAUAUAUGUAUGUCAGCGAAAGGGAGAUGUAAAACCAGAGGCUGAGAAAAAAAAGACUGACGAACCAACCAAAGAUGAAGAAGAGCCUCUCGCUAAGGCCACCAUUAGUGAAUUACACGAUGAUGAAGUGGAAGAAGAGACGCCGGAAAAUGAGGAAGUCGACGUAGAGAAGAAUUCUGACCCCGAUUCAGAAGAAGAUAAUGAAGCAGUAGAGAACGAACCCGCUGAAGGCGAAGGAACUCGAAAACGGAAGGUACGCAAAGAGUAGAUUAAAAAAGGUAUGCGUUUCAAACGUUCGUUUUUUAACAGCAUACUUUAAUAAUAUUAUUUAUAUUUACUUUAAAUAAUGUUUGUAGUCCUAUAUUUUUAGUAUAAUAUUCACGACCACUAUGCUGGGUAAUCCGCCUAAACAAUAUAAUAUGCAUAUUGAAUAUGUGUUAGUCAGUUUUUACCUUUCCAGCAUAUUUUUUUUUGUAUAAAUCACUUUUGAAAAAUACCUCAUUAUUUUAUUGUGUUCAGUUGUUUGGAUUAUUCUUGUGAUAUUAAUAAAAAUGGUGUUAAAUUUA